GGAAGAUGAAUCUCUUUAAAUAGAAGGUGACAUACUACUAUGAUGAAGAAUUCGGGACAUUCAAUUAUUCAACUACACACCCAAUGAAGCCAUUAAGAGUAGCCAUAACAGAUGAUUUAGUCGGUCAUUAUGGAUUGAAAUAAUAUAUGAAUUGUAUUGUAAGACAUUUAAAAUUGAAUAUUUAGGAUUAAUCUUUUGUAUAAACAUACAUAAAAAGAGUGGAUGAAGAUGUAUUAACUUAAUUUCAUUCUUACGAAUACAUAGAUUUAAUCAAAAUAAUUACUCCUGAAAAUAAAUGUCAAUAUGAAGAUCAACUUUAUAGAUGUAAAAUUAGACCUUGAGUUUAGUUAAUUUUAUGGAGGAUUGUCCAGUCUUAGAUAGGUUGUUCGAUUUUUGCCUAUGUUAAACAUCUGGAUCAGUUGGUGCAGCAUGUGUGAUUGCAGAUCAAAAAAGCAAUAUUGCAAUUAAUUGGAGUGGAGGAUUACAUCAUGCCAAGUAAAGUGAGGCAAGUGGAUUCUGUUAUGUUAAUGAUUGCGUGCUUGGGAUAUUAGAAUUAUUAAAAACAUAUUAGCGAGUACUUUAUGUUGAUAUUGAUAUUCAUCAUGGAGAUGGAGUAGAGGAAGCUUUCUAUUUAACUGAUAGAGUGAUGACAUGUUCAUUUCAUAAAUUUAAAGAAUACUUCCCAGGAACUGGACAUANCUUUGAUUAAUUUUUAUUAUUCAAUUAUUGA